GAUCUACGAGUGCCUGCUCCGCUUGUUCAGAUAUAUUCUGACAUUAUGGGGAGUCGGGAGGGACCUGCUGUUGAGGAAGUUGAGGGCGAGCCUGUCGCUCAGACGUGGCUCCAGUUUAAACCCUUGCAGCUGGACGCAAGGCUCAAGGUAUCUGAUCCACUUGAUGUUGGCGACUAUCCGUCUCUCUUGGCAGUAUCCUCGCGAUAUGGAUAUGCUGUAUUCGGGACCACCAAAGGAUAUACCUUUGUUCGUGUCAAGGACGUCCGAGCCUCGCUGAAUAGUGCGGCAAAGGGAUCGGUAGUACCUAUUAAGAAUGCAGUGGAAGUGGAGAUACCCGAUGAUGUUGUUACCCGCAUCAUACUGGACACGACCGAGUUGAUGGUCAUUGUUUAUACCCGGGCAGGGAAGAUCCUUCUCUAUGCUGUACCUGGAUUGUUGGAAGGAGAAAACAGGGCCACAUCGACUUUUGACUUGGGGUCCAAUGUUCUUGAUUUGCGAAUGAAUCCGGGUGCAUUUCCGAAAGCUGCUGCAGCAUUACUGGAAGACGGAUCUGUAUCCCUCCUUACUUUGGAACAGGAUGGGAAGAUUACAAGGAGUCCCUUGGUCAGCGAUGCUUGUUCGAUUUGCUGGAGUCAAAAGGGGAAGCAAUUGGCCUGUGGACUCAAAGAUGGCAGCGUCGUACAAGUCGCGCCUGAAGGAACGAUUACGAACACCAUCCCUCCUCCCCCAGCAUUGGUGUCAAACUAUCCCGUAAAAGUGAGCUCUGUUCAGUGGUUGCACAAGCGGAUGUUUGCUGUUAUCUAUCAAGCAUCACAAGAAGAUGCGAAUGAGCCAAGUCCUUUAUUCAUCAUUACCCAAACUCCUAUAACGACGGAAGGGCCUUUGAAGACAAAAUAUAUUCAGCUUGAUGAGCCAUUGUUUCCAGAUACGGAUCGAAAGAGUCAGUAUUUUACGGAGGCAAUUAAAUCACUAUGUUCAGAUAUACCACUGCUCCUUGCCAUUGCGAACGCCUACUCUACUGACAUAGCCUUUGCCGGCGCAGCUGAUGCCACAUCCAGCCAAUUCGGGAAUUUCAUCCUAGAGGAAGGAUCAGGCAUCAUGCUUCCACUGGACGAAAACGAGGAAAAUACGUGGGUGGUGGGAAUGGGAAUCGACUUCACCAGCGAUGAGCCCGUUCCGGCGCCAACACCGGACCGACAACCAUCGCCCUCUGUUCCCAUUUUAUUGGUUUAUACAAAUGCGGGAGAGCUAGCGGCAUACCAUUGCCUGGAUGUACAGGCUGCCGACAAGGGGGACAGAUGCACGACGAUGCGCACCGUUGAAGCCUUACCUACACGAGACGCGGCCGGCGCUGUUGGCCUUGCACAAAGCGAAGGUCAAUCACAGUCAACUGAGGCGAAAAAAUUAGUGACACAGGGGAUACGACUCCCGGAGACAGGAGAUCUGUCCUCGGGUACUCCAACACCUAAGGCGUCGUCCUUUGGAGGAUUCUUCCAACCUCAAGCGCAAGUGCAGAAAGGUGCCCCUGCUCAACCUGCUUUUACAGGCUUUGGCACGCCUCCUGUGCCGGCUACAAGUGUUGAUGCAACAAAGGCAACUGCUGGAUUCGGGUUUGGGAAUGGUAGGUUGGGCGCUCCGGUGACUGCUGAGGGGUCUCCCGGGUUAACAGCAAAGCCUGCAGCAAGUGAUGUCUCCUCUGGAGUGACAGAGAAGGCAUCAUCGGUGAAGCCUGCAUCGAUAGGGUUUGGGUUUCCUUCUGCGUCGGGAUUUGGCACGAUGACAAGUGCACCACAACCUGCUUCGACUGGGUUUGGAUUCCCUUCAGCAUCGACCGGGCUUGGUACGACAACGACAACGACACCGACAACUACACAGCCCGCAUCAGCAGGGUUUGCAUUCUCAUCCGUAUCAGCAGACGGUACCGUGACGCCACCCGCAACACAGCCUCCAUCGAAAGUGUUUGCAUUCCCUUCUGCGUCCACAGGAUCAGGCACCGCGACAGUUACAACACCACCUGCAUCGAAAGGAUUUGGAUUCCCUUCUGCAUCGGCAGGAUUGGGUGCCAUUACAACCACGCAACAACCUGGAUCGACAGGACUUGAAUUCCCCUCUGCAUCACUAGGACAGACCCCGACGACAACCACGCAGAAGCCUGGCUUAACCGGAUUUGAGUUUCCUUCUGCAUCCUCGGCCAGUACGGCGGCGACAACACAACAGCCCGCAUUGGGGGGUUUUGCAUUUCCUCCUGUGUCUGCAGGGGGUAAUCUCACGAUGUCAAAGCAAACCGCAGCCGCUGGACUGAACAAGGCUGGACCCACAGCACCAGCUCCUAUGGUUACCUCAUCAAAACCGGCCACCACGUUUCCUGCAUUCUCAGCCGCCGGCGCUUCGUCUGCAAGUAACAUUUUAGGAGGAUCCAAGCCGACUACAUCCGCAUCUACCGGUGGUGUUUUUGUGCCCCAGAUGGGAGAUUGGACGGCAAAGAAAUCUGGUGAACAGAAAGCGGAGUCUUCAGCCAAAAAUGUUUCUAAACAAGUGCAUUUUGCGACUCCACCUCAAUCGACGGCCGUCUCAAAAACAGUGGAAUUGCUCGACAGUGAUAAGAUAGAGAUUGUCCAUAAAAAGUUUGAGGAUCUAUACAAAUCCUUCUCCGCGGAAAUGGAAACUUUUCGAAAAGCCCUUCAAUCCAGCGGACAAGCUGUUAAAACGGCUUCGCAGAGCGCACCAGACGUGGAUUUGAGCGAUCCAGCAAAUUGGACUAUGGCGGAUCUUCCCACGCUUUUGACUGACACCCAUACGAUAAUGAAGCGGAUCGAAGUCCUAAGAUCCGAGGUGGAAGCUGCACACAAGAAGGAAACGACCCUUGCCGAUGGCAUUCCUUAUGACGAGGCCCUCGCAAACGAGUGUCAAAGGUUGAUUGAUAUGUUUAAUGAGCAAGGCGGUCCGGACGUUAUUCAUGAUGCGCCGCUGGGACUGGAGGAUCAGGAAUUGAAGGAAAAGCUUUGGAAUCGGAAAAGGGCGGUGGACAGGACUUUGCAGCAGAUUACAAAUCGGUUGGAGAGAUUGAAGAUUAAAGAUAAACGCCAGGCUUCCACGCAGGAGAUAAAGGGUUAUGACUGGGCAACCAUUUGCCAGACCACACACCGCGUCACCGAAUCGACCAUUUCAACAGCGCACGUAUUGGAGCAUCUAGAACAAUCACUCGCACCACUCAUGUCAAAACUCGCUCUGACACCCGCACGCAAGUCCAUACCAAAACCUGUCACUCCACGCAAAGGCCGCGCGUUCGGACUGUAUGACUCUGACUCGGACAGCGAAGAAAACGAGAAGGAAAUCAUCGUCCACGUUCCUGCUACCGUUUUUCGUAGGACGCGUUUCCAUAGAAUAUUCAAAGAUGUGCUACAAUCAUCUACCUCCCAACUUCAUAUCAACCGUCGAGCCUUCCAUGAUGAAAAAGAACGCCGCAUGAAGGAUCCGGAGGCCGUCGAGAAAGCACGUGCAGCCAUGGUAUCCCCGCCAAAGGAGAACGAGCCGACGGCCCCGCCACAAAAGUUUUGGGAUAUCAUUCAGAAAAUUAAUAUGGAGAUGGACUUUAAGGAGGAAGAAUCAGCAUCUCCAGAGGUGGAAGAACCGGACGAAAAAGGAACUGUUUCUUUGAAGUUGGAAGAGGCUGAGGAUGAAGAGUCAGUCGAUGUUGCAGAGGAAGUCGAAGAUGUAGACCAAUCGCCCGUCCCUCAAGAGUCGAGCCCGAUGUUUGGGCAACCAUCAAUUGUGAGCAGACCAAAGCCAGAAACAAAGCUAAACCAACCUGCCUCCCUUUUUUCCAUCAAGCCUACCACUGCUGGACCUUCCUUUGGGUUCACUUUUCCAGGUGGUAGAGCAAAGGAGCAGACCCCUUCAGAUACAGCGGAAUCCUCAGGCGAGAGCCUCGCAGAACCUGCUUUUGCUGUCGAAACUGAGGAGAUUGCCAGCGAGGACGACGAUGGUGUGUUGCAGGGUGAAGAAAACGAAGAGGAUGCGGCCGCGGACGAAGAAGACCAAAAUGUGGGCGACCGACAGCCCAAAGUCAAGGAUGAGAUACCUCUCUUCAAGUCCUUUUCCAUAUUAGCAGAACCUCCAAGACCGAAGGUUGAAGUUGCGGAACCGCAAGUAUCAAAACGCGCAAGGGAAGAACCGCUCUCGUCGACACCAGAACCGGAAUUGAAGGAUCAAAGACUUUUGUUCGGUGGUCUACAGAAGCCCGUCGUGCCCGUAACGAAAGCUGCAUUUCCAAGUCCUGUGCUGGACCAAACUGAGGCGAAUAUCGGCUCGACAAAGCCGCACCAGUCCCUGUUUGGAUCUGCAAAAACGACAUUUGCGCCCGUAACUGAGCCUGUGGAAGAAACACCUACACCUGCUCCGGCUGAAGCGCACGAACGGCGAGCCGUGACACCAAAUCCCGAAGGACAGGAAAAGAAACCUUUAUUUGGGUUCCUAAAUGCACCUGGAACUGGACUUGAAUCUGCUGGACAAAAUCCGGCAACGGAGCGCGGAGAACAAGCAGAAGAUCAAGGGAAUGAAUCUCAAUUGCAGCCGGAGGAUCAGACUGAGAUAGAAGAAGCUGCUGAACAAGUGGGUGAAGAAGAACCGAAGGCAGCCGUCACCGAGGCGGAGGUACUCGAUCAACAGCAGGAACAAGUGGUCGAUACGGAGCAGUCUACAGAAGAGCAGCCUACAGAAGGGCCUGCAAAAGAACCUACAGAAGUGCCUGUAGAGGAAACACCACAGGAACCUCCUUCAAAACAGCCCACAGAGGAGGCAAUCGAUAAAGUUGCAAAGAGCGGUGCAGCUGAACCAGCAAUCAAAGUAUCCACAGAAGUGCCAGCGGCCACUGCCAGCCCACAGACGAGUCAGGCUGAACCAGCAGCAGACACAGGAACCCCUGCGGAAGAAGAUGGCAUGGAAGUUGAAGAUGGUCAGUUGGCUGAUGCCUUUGGGUCUGGGUUUGGGUCUUUGGGCGGAGCUGCCAGUGAGAAAGCAGCCAGUGGGUUCGGUGCAUUCGGCGGACUCGGACAGUCGACCACUUCUCAGAAGGCUACUACGGCCAGCUCGUUCGGAGCGGGGACAGCCGGUCAAACGGGUGCAUUUGGAGGAGGUUUCGGAACUGCCACAACCGCCGCACCUGCGUUCGGAACAGGAACAACCAGUCAACCUAGCGCAUUUGGAGGAGGGUUCGGAACUGCUACAACUGCAGCACCCGCUUUUGGAACAGGAGCAGCCAGUCAACCCACUGCAUUUGGCUCGACUGCGACCACGACGCCUAGCGCUUUCGGAGGGGGAGGCUUUGGAGUUGUCACAACAACAGCGCCGAGUGCUUUCGGAGCAGGCAGCGCAACGACGUCUGCUCCGUUCGGAACAGGGUCUGGAACAGGUGCUUUCGGAGCCAAUACAACAUCCACCGGCGGCUUUGGAACCGGAGCUUUCGGCUCAUCGCAAGGAUUUGGACAAACCUCUGCAUGGGGAACAGCGAAUAGUACGGCUGCUCCCGCUUUUGGGCAAAGUACGACUACAAGUAAUAAGCCUGAUGAGAGUGCCAGAGCAGCGUUUGGUGGCUACUUUCACGGAAUCGGACAGAGGUCUGAUUUUGGCGAGAUUACUCGGAAUCAGUCAGCCAUGUUGGCCAGCUUACAGCAACAAUCAGGGAGUGGAUUUUCUUCUUAUGCGAGUCGGCCGUCUGGGUUUGCUGCUUUUGCUCAGCAACCCCAACAACAACAGUCUGGUUUCGGGCAGCCAAGUUCUGGCUUUGGUGGUGGCUUUACACAGGCAGCCCCAACUGAUGAGGCCGCGUCCAUAUUUGGAUCACAACCUUCCUCUGGUGGAUUUGGAUCAGGCGGUGGACCACCUGCUUUUGGACAAGCACCUCAGACAAAUGAAGCGGCCGCCUUGUUUGGUGGAGGGCAGCCUCAGCAGCCUGCUAGUGGGUUUGGAAGCUUUGGGCAGCAAACACAAGAGGCCGCGUCAUUAUUUGGUUCGGCGCCGUCUGGUGGUGGGUUUGGAAGCUUUGGCAGAUAAAAGUUUCAAACAAGACUAGUUGUUGAAGAGUCAGUGCAAGACAUGGGGGAGCUGUGUACAUAUAAUAUAUUUUACUAUUUGGCUCGACGAUCA